AUGGAUCGAGCAAUAAUUAAAUAUGAUAAUGACGAAACUUUGGACAUCAAGAGUGAAUUCAUCCAAGAUCGAGAUGCGAAAGAAAUUACAGGCCUAUAUUUUAAUAUAAAAUAUGAAUCAAAAGAAUGUACAGUAGGUAAAAAAGAAGAUUUGUUUGCUGAUAACAAGAAACAGCCAAGAAAAAAGAAGCAGCAAAUACAGGAUUUAGGACAGGAAAAUAAGUACAAAUCCAAAAAGUGUGCGCGAAGCCAUAAAGUAAAAAAGAAGUUGAUGUAUCAUCAAAAACACGAAUGUAACGACUCACCAGAGUUCACAUGUGAUUUCUGCGGAAAAAUAUUCAAACGGAAAACUACGGCAAAAACUACUGACAUUAUUUUUUACCAACAUUUUUCUUCGAGCGUAACGACAAGUCUAAAGCGUAAUCCAAAAUAUGGAACAAAAUCAUAUAAUAGUAAAAUUUCUUUCCCCAGUAAUUCUAGAACCAAGACUUUUAUUAAACACGACAAUAACGAAACUUCAGAAAUCAAGGAUGAAAGUUUCCAAGGUCAAGAAGCGGAAGAAGUUACAGGCCGAAGUUUUAUUACAAAAUAUGCGGUAAAAGAAUGCAACUGA